AUGUCGACCAAGUACGCCUUCGGCAAGGCCCUCAAGGAGGUGCGCUUCCUCUUCUGCCAGACCGGCGAGCACAGCGCCGCGACCCGCUCCUUCCUGACGAGGACGUACCCCACGAUGAAGAAGCACAACCCCCAGACCCCGAUCCUCAUCCGCGAGGCCGCCGGAACGCUACCCAAGAUCUACGCGAGAUACGAGUUUGGUGUUGAGAAGAGCCAAUCCUUGGAGGGUUUGUCGGACAAGCAGAUCGAGGAGACGGUUUCCGGCCUAGUCAAGGGCAGCGCAUAA